AUGGGCAGACGCACUACAAGCAAAAUACCGAAGAAGAGCGUUAGCGUCAGUGCAGCGAACAGCAGCUCUAAGGAUAUGUUCAGCGCUCAAGAGCGAAAAACAUGUUGGCAGGCAAAACGAAUAGGAAACAACAACACCGACAAUCAGUUGGUAAGACGCAGAACCAUUGCAGUAUGGCAGCACCGCUGGGACUCAGAUAACCGUGGACGAUGGACUGCAAGGCUUAUCCCAGAUCUAAAAACCUGGCUAGCAAGAGACUUUGGUGAGGUUAACUACUACCUCACUCAGUUUCUGUCGGGACAUGGAUACUUUAACAGCUAUCUCUAUCGCAUGCGCAAAGUAGAGUCUCCAAAUUGCAUAUAUUGCGAAGCGGAGGAUGAUACCGCAGAACACACAUUCUUUGAGUGCAAUAAGUGGUUGCCCGAACGAGAAGCACUUGCAAUGCAAGUUGGUACCUUCACUCCCAGGACGGUAACGGGAAAAAUGAUCGAAAACAUAACAAACUGGGAUCGCGUAAAAAUGUUUACUGAAAAGAUCCUGAGACUGAAAAAAGUAGACCUUGACAGAAGACAACUGGAGUAA